GUACCUUGUGCAUAUUUUAGUGCAUCAUUGGAUUCUAAGUUGAAAUUUUGGCGUCGUGUAGCUGUUCCUGCUGAUGCAUCAGCAGCAGCAGCAGCAGCAGGAGGAGGAGCAGCAGGAGCAGCAGCAGCAGCAGCAGGAGGAGGAUCAGGGAUAAUACAGCAGCAGCAGCAGCAACAGCAGCAACAGCAGCAACAGCAGCAACAGCAGCAGAGCAGCAGCAAGAGGAUGAUAGUGACAAUGGAGAUCCAUCAACUAAAUCAACAUCAAUAG